UUUUUUACAUUUUCAUUUGUUUUGAAUAUCAACUGAAAAACGCCUGUUUUCAGACUGGAAGCCCAUUUCCGCCAGUAUUUUUUAUUUUUUAUUCUAAACCAGGGGGCAAGUGAAACUAAUGCCGAUAAUAGCUUUUUCUUUUAGCGUUUAUUUAAUUGGAAAUUCCGACAAUAGUAUUUGGAUUAACUUUAUUUGAUUUUUUUUUACGUUUUAUUUGAAGUAUCUGACGUCAUAGGUCCGGUUGAUGAGCACCCGCGGUGGCGGAGCUGGGAGAAAGUUGUGCUGUCGACACAACAAGUGCUUCCGUGGAAAGGCGGCGGAGUCGUUCGGAGGGCUGAGUUGACGACGACGUUGCCGCCGCCCGGGGGAAAGAGACGCCGAAAGUCGGGCAGACAUGGCCGAAGCGAGGCCCGACGAAGACGACGAGAGUGCGAGGAGGGACACCGGCGGGCGAGUCGUGCGACGGCAGUCCAGCGGCAACGAAGGUCGUCCUGGCAGGAGAAAGCCAGAGAAUCGUCUCAGCCAAGGCCCACUUUGGUCCCUCAGAGCAGCCAUCAAAAAAUCCACCAGCAGGUCCAGUUUCCCUGACCUUCCGCGAGACAGAGACAGGGACAGAGACGCCAGGGGCCCGGUUGCCAGGCGACCACAGAUCACCAUCCUGUCGGCCGAACCGCUCCCCUCCCCUUGCUGGUUAGCCGGAACGCCCGGCGCGUUCCCACCGCCGCCUCCUCCGGCCACGCGAAUCUGGGGACCCACAAUCCCGCCGUCCAUACAGCCUCCUCCCUCCUACGAUGAGGUGAUCAGGGAGAAGACGCAGGAGCAGGGUGUGCACAUAUCUUCAUCGGCUCCAUCACCGUCAUCGUCGUCUCAUCCGGCUUUUAGAACGACCAUUGCCACUCAAACAGACACUGGAUCCUCUCCUGGAGCUCCGGUACUCAAACCGCAGCGGCUGCCGAUCCCCGCCUCUCCGUCCCCAGCAGACGCUAAAAUCGGCCCCCGUUCGCCCACAGCUUCCGACAGCGGCCGAUCAGGGCAACUCCACGCAGCCGCACCCCUUCCCAACGCGGCGGAGCGCCCCAGGCCCCGAUCCAGGUCGACCGUGACCCAGGUCAGCAACGAGGUCAAGGUUCAGACUUUGGUGAAACUGCGGGAAGACGGCUUGGCCACGCUCGCCGCCCGCGCUCGCAGUGACGUCGGCAAACGGGACGGGAGUGGGGGUAAAUACCUUCAGGAGCUUCUGGAGGCCUUCAGCUCCGACGACUGGGGUGUCCCUGAGCAGCGAGGUGACGACAGUGACCUCGGCCAAUCGGAGGACGAGGAAGAGGACAUGGCGGCCCUCAGGGCGAGGAUCCAGGCCUUUGAGCAGCAGCAGGUGGCGCUUGACGGGAGCCGUGGCGACCCAAGCACCAGCGAGGAGGCGGUCGCCGAGAGACCCGAACCUCGGCCCCGCCCUCGUCUCCAAGGGCAACCUGCCAAAGUUCUUCCUCCCGCCGUUGCACCUAAACCCAAAAGCCUCCCAAAAGCAUCCGCCGUGGACUCUAUCGAUUGCCACGCUGAGGUCCUGAACCCCAAACCGCUGCUAAUCACAGAGCUCCUUCCGAGUCACCGCCCCUCCACCGCUCCUUGCCCCACACCUGUCCCGGCUCCCAGGCUCCCGCCACAGAAACCCGCACCCUCCCCCAAUGAGACCCCAGCCGCAACCAAAUCUCCGUCCAGACCGCCGGUUGCCCCACGAACGAGCGUGGGCGCGCCACCGCACGAGAAGGCGACCGCGGCCGGACACGUGACCCCAACGAGGCCCCCCAGGCCUUUCACAGAGGUCAGCAGGGUGGCGCAAGCCCACAUUCAGGAUACUGUGAACCUGACAGGAGCCUCUCUGGAACCAAAUCCAGUCCCUUCCAAGGCUCCCGCACCUGACCCCGCUCCCGUCCACGCCAAACCGCCGUCCCCUCUCCUCAAAAAGGCUGACGGUAUCUGUGAGCCGCCCCUCCCCCCGAGGCCUUCAAGUGUGAAGCACCUCCCCCCCAGACCUCCACCAAUCAAAUCCGUCCCUGCUCGCCCACCACCUCCGGGCAUCGGGUCGUCGGCGAGCCAACCUCGGCCACAGACGCCAGCUUCUUCUGCGGCAGCCAGUCACAGAGCGUCAAAGAGAGGGCCGCCUUUGCCCCCUCGGCCCAAGCCUGGACAUCCGCUCUUUCCCGGCUCCACGAAACAGGAAGUCCUCAUCGUCCUGGAGGACCCGCCGCCGGAGCCUUUGCCAAGCGCCGUUACGCCGCUCUGCAGCACGUCAGAGUGUCUCCUGGACCUCGACGAGCUGCCCCCAACACGGCUACCAGAAUCCGGCUUGGAGACUUGCUGGCAGCCGGCCAUGCAGAAACACCCCGAGCCGCCUCCUGUCAGCCGCCCUCGUUACGUCGCUUUGUUUGACUUCGAGGGAGCGGAGGAUGACGAGCUGAGCUUCUCCCAGGGAGACACCAUCGGCCUCCUGGAACCGCUCGACCGACAGUGGGCCCGCGGCCAGAUUCGCGGACGCGUCGGACUCUUCCCGCUGAGCUUCGCCCGAGUCGCUGAGGACCGCCCGCCAGAAAGUCCCGUCGCACCGACAUCCUCAAAAGAAUCAGAGGUGGAGGAAUGGGCAGUGGCGCUGUUCGACUUUCCUGGUCAGACCGCAGAGGAUCUCUCCUUCCACAAGGGGGCGCAUAUCCAAGUGAUCGAACAUGUGGAUUCCGAAUGGAGGAGGGGCCGACUUGCUGGGAGGGAGGGGCUUUACCCCGCCGCUUUCGCGCAGGCCUGCCAGGAUCGACCAAUCCCAAGCCGGAAGGCGGACGUGAGGGGCGUGGCCAAAGCUUUAUUUGCCUUCACGGCCGAGCACGAGGACGAGCUCACAGUGAAGCCUGGCGACAUCAUCACGCAGGUGGAGUCUGGGGAUGAGCAGUGGAUUGUGGGAGUCGUCGGCGGUAAGCGGGGAGUUGUGCCCAAAAACUACAUUUUGCUUCUUUGACGAGGACAAUCUGCUGACGGGACGUUUUUGGGUUGUGCGGAGUGCGUGAAGACGGCGAUAUUUCAGUCUACAAUGAUUGGCAACAUCAAAUGAAGCGGCAGUGGCCACACCCGCAACCUCCGUCUCGCCGUCGCAUACCUUUACCGGACUCUCUAGGUUCCGUUCAAAUCUUGAACAAGAGGCGCAAACGUGGGAUCAUUUCUUUCUUUGUCCUAACGUGUUGGAAUAUUAACGCAACUAACCAAUCUUGUUGGAUGUUUCCGUGAAGUGUCACAAUGCAAUGAAUGCACGUGGACACGUGAGCAAGCAUGGAUGUCGAGCUUAAUGUUUUUUUCUGGAGCGGCGUUAGGCCGUGAAGGUUAGCGGUUAGGUUAUAGGAAUGUAGGCAAAACAAACAUUCCAAUUUUGAAAGCCUAAUAAAACUUUGCAACAUUUCUCUUAA